UUUUUCAUCCAAGGAGAACUCCCCAAGUGUAUAGGGGCUACCCUUCCUAAGAUUUUCCUUGCAAUGUUCAUCACCAACCACUAUAAGACAAAGCAAAGCUUUUUUUGUGUUUCACAAUAAUACUCAUUCUGGCCAGCCCUAAAAUCUUUUACUCAACAAAGAGACAAUUAUGAGGUAGAGUGGUGACAAAAUCAACAUUUAAUCUUUGUCUAUUCUGUUGAAACUUUUCAACAUAAGAGCUUCAAUAAAAACUAACUUGUGUCUAUAAAAAGUAAAAACACAACAUCACAAACACUGUAGAGCUUUGCUUUUCUUUUGGUUGCUCUUUGAAGCCUUUUUGGCCUUACAAGAUCACCCUGCUGUUAAAUAAUUUAAAGUUGGUGUUUGGUGGUGUUCUUAAUUAAUUCUCCAAGGUAAACCAUAUGGAUUCAGGUUCACCAUAUCAUUGGCUGAGGGAGUUAAGAUGUGACUCCAACAGCUCAAAUCCCAUAAGCCUUCUUAUUGAAUGUGCCAAAUGUGUUGCAACUGGAAGCAUAAAAAAUGCAGACAUUGGUCUAGAGUACAUUUCUCAGAUUUCAUCUCCUGAUGGUAAUGCUGUUCAAAGAAUGGUAACUUAUUUCAGUGAAGCACUUGGAUACAGAAUAGUAAAACAUUUACCUGGUGUAUAUAAAGCUCUCAAUUCCUCGAAAACAUCGUUGUCUUCGGACGACAUUCUUGUUCAGAAAUACUUCUAUGACCUCUGUCCAUUUUUGAAAUUUUCAUACCUGAUAACUAAUCAAGCAAUUAUUGAAUCAAUGGAAUUUGAAAAAGUGGUUCAUAUUAUUGAUCUUCAUUGUUCCGAGCCGGCUCAAUGGAUAGAUCUUUUACAAACUUUAAAGAAACGAAAGGGCGGUCCGCCUCAUCUGAAAAUUACAGGCAUUCAUGAAAAGAAAGAGGUGUUGGAACAAAUGAGCUUACAUUUGACAGCUGAAGCAGGAAAAUUGGAUUUUCCUUUACAGUUUAAUCCAAUAGUUAGCAAACUCGAAGAUGUCGAUUUCGAUAACUUGCCUGUCAAGACAGGAGAAGCUGUUGCAAUUACUUCUGUUCUUCAGCUGCAUUCUCUACUUGCCACUGAUGAUGAAAUGGCUGGGAGAAUCUCACCAGCAGGACCAACAUCUUUCAAUCUGCAGAGAGCAGUACACAUGAGUCAGAGGACUUUUGCAGAAUGGCUUGAAAGAGAUAUGAUCAAUGCAUAUAUUUUGAGUCCUGAUUCGGCUUUAUCGCCUCUUUUUUUAGGCGCUUCGCCUAAGAUGGGGAUCUUUCUUAACGCGAUGAGGAAACUACAACCGAAACUUAUAGUGGUAACUGAACAGGAAUCAAAUCUAAAUGGAUGUAAUUUAUUGGAGAGAAUCGACCGAGCAUUGUACUUUUACAGUGCGCUUUUCGACUGCUUGGAAUCUACUGUUACGAGAACAUCGAUGGAGAGACAAAAACUUGAGAGCAUACUUCUUGGGAAGCAGAUAAAGAACAUCAUUGCUUGCGAGGGAGUCGAUCGAAAGGAGAGGCAUGAGAAGCUUGAGAAAUGGAAUCUAAGGCUUGAAAUGGCUGGAUGUGUCAAAGUACCUUUAAGUUACAAUGGGAGGAUUGAAGCAACAAAUCUGUUGCAAAAAUAUAGUCAUAAAUACAAGUUUAGAGAAGUGAAUGAUUGUUUGCUUGUUUGUUGGAGUGAUAUACCACUUUUUUCUGUAUCAGCUUGGAGUUUUAGGAGAUGAAUGUUCAUAUAUAUUAUGGAAUAUGAAACUCACAUUGAAUUGUUUUCAUUAUUAGGCCAUGGAUUUCAAUAGAUAUUAAGAGAAAUAAUCAAUACAAGACUAGGAGAUAGAUGUGUUUUUAAAUUCUAAGUUUUAAUUUUUAUUUCUGUGUAUAGAUUUUAUUAUUUUGUUCUCUAGAGCUCCUAAGAGUUUUAAAGAAG